UCUUCUAUUUAUUACAGAAGAAGGAUUUCUGUCCAUGACGUCACAAACCGGAAAAGCGAAAGCCCGGUGAUGUACACCAACAGGCUAGUUUUUGAAUAAAAUAAUGUUCCAGUCAAGAUGGGGCAGACGAUGUGCAUCUGCUCCCGUGGCUCCAUCACUGUUGAUAACAAAAAAUACUACUUCUUGCAGAAACUUGACGAGGGUGGUUUCAGUUAUGUGGACCUUGUUGAGGGGGUAAAAGAUGGUCGCUUCUAUGCCCUGAAGAGGAUUCUAUGUCAUGAUCGAGAAGGCCGCCUGGAGGCCCAGACAGAAGUGGAGAUGCAUCAUGUGUUUAAUCACCCCAAUAUACUGAGCCUUGUGGCGCACACCUUUGUUGAGCGCAAUGGGAAAAGUGAAGCCUGGCUGCUUCUGCCUUAUAUAAGAAAGGGAAGUCUGUGGUCGGUUCUGGAGAAGCUUCGAGACAAUGGGAGCUACAUGCCUGAGAAAAAGAUUUUAAAAAUCUUUCGUGGGAUCUGUUCAGGACUCAAGGCAAUCCAUGACAAAGGUUAUGCUCAUCGAGAUCUUAAACCUACAAACGUGCUUCUGAAUGAGGAUGACAGCCCCGUCUUGAUGGAUCUGGGUUCCAUGAACACAGCCCGCAUUGAGGUCAAAGGAUCCAGAGAAGCAAUGACUUUACAGGACUGGGCUGCACAACGAUGCACCAUUUCCUACCGUGCACCUGAGCUCUUCAAUGUGGAGAGCUACUGUGUUAUCGACGAGCGCACAGAUAUUUGGUCACUGGGCUGUGUGCUGUACUGCAUGAUGGUGCUGGAGGGACCCUAUGACAUGGUGUUUCAGAGAGGCGAUAGCGUUGCCUUGGCUGUCCAGAACCCUCUGCUCAUCCCACAGCCCUGCAGUUACUCAGAGGGGCUGCAGUUGCUGCUGAGCUCCAUAAUGGUGUCCAACCCCCAAGAGAGACCCAACAUCAGCUGGGUACUUGAGCAGGUACAGGACCUACAGAGUUACAGUCCAAACACCCAAACCAAUACCGUCUGAAAGGACUUUGCACACAUGGACACACAUCUCACAAAUGGAAAUCCUUAAAAGGGUGAAAACACAGCAAUAUAUUUAGUUUGGGAAAUAAGGUGACAUUUUGACUUUUGAAGGAUUUGCUGCUUGACAAACAACGCUUUAGUGAUUAGCUUAGAAUUUUGUCAGAUGACUUAUAGUAAAUAGAAUCUCCAUUCCCCACUUUUGCUUUCCAUUAUACUCUCUCAUCUUCAAAAUUGUUCUUGUGUGCCUUAUGUGCUCAAAUGAGGCAGUUACUCAACACAGAGUUAGACAUUUUCCACAAAUUGUCGGAAUCUGCUUGCAGGCAUCCUUACCCCGUAGCGCAACAAUAAUCAAUAUUUGUCUUGUGCUUUGUUAGAUACUGAUUAAAUCAGAAAGCUUGAUAAUAGGUGAGCAGAUAAGCAAAUUUCCCAUCAAGGUCAAGUUUGUUUUUUUCUAAUGAUUUAAUUUUUAGCUGUUGGCUGGAAAUUAAUUUUUAUGGCCUAUAAUGUUUGUCAAAUGUUCUUGUGAAGGAAUACAUUGAGAUUGACAUUCCGUGCCAAAAGAAAGAGGCUAGAUUAGAUGUCACAUUUCUGAUGAUGUCGUUAUUCCUUAGUAAUAUUUGAAACUUUCAGUUUUGGCGUGUAACGUGUUUUUUUUUUUUUUUUUUAAGUCACACACUCGCGCACACAUGCACACCGUCAUAUGUGGGAAUUGAACUCAUGGUGCCUGCACACAAGACAGGUGAGUGUACCACUACACCAUCAGCCAUCCCCAUGUAAUGUGUUUGCACAAGUACUAACGAUAUCAGUCACCUACAACUGCACUGACAUAGCAGCGGCAAUGCCGCUUGUGACCAUACGGUGGCACUACAUAAUCACUGGUAAGUUAUUACUUUUUUUUCACAUUCUUAAUCACAAAGUAAGCUUUUAAUUAUUCUGAUAAUUACUUGGGAUAAUUUUACUCAAUUAACUGGAAUCAUACAACAACAUUUCCCUCUGUAUUGGUGUUAAAUUUAGGCUUGCAUUCAUGUGUGACUUUUACACUUUUAUUCUCUCAGGGCUUGCCCUCAUUGGGUCUUUUUAAAUCACUCUUAUUAGAUUCUCAUGGUACUCUUUUUUUUGUUUGGUUUUAAAUUCCUGCUUACAUCAUGUUUUGUAUUUGCUGUGACAGCCUGACCUUGUUUGUAAAUUAAAACUCUUAUUAUUGAUAUUAUUAUUGAAAUAAUUAACACUCUGGUUCACUCAGUGUUUGAAGGUGAAUGUUUGAUAUUAUUGUCAUGAUGUUGGUGAAAAGUUAUCGCUUUUGUCAUUUUUUUAAUUGUACAAUUUCUUGGACAUCAUAAAAAAUUCAUGAAAUAAGGAAAGCUUUGUUGUUUAGGCCAGUGCACAGAAAAAUGUGACACACUUGAAUGACGUCCAAUACAUGAGUACACGGUCAGGCAAAACUGUUCGUACACUUGCAUAAAAGAAAGAAAUACUAACAAACUGACACAAGUUAUUAGAAAUAAACUUUUACUGAAAACGAGCUAAUGAAGCAUUGCUCUGUUUUUAUGGUCCAACUGCAUUAAGAAAAAGGG